UUCAAAUCCUGCCUUAAACUUGUAACCGAACAAGUUCACCACGUUUAUGAGUUUCAUGGAUGAAAAGUAAUAGAAGAAAACGAAAUGAGUAUGAGCAGUAUAUUGCUACUUUAAAUAGGCGCUUAGAUGAUCUUGAAGCUGCCAAAAUUGGAGUAUUUACUCCAAAUAUUUAUCUGCAAGUGUUAACAUUCUUGCCAAUCCGUGAUCUUCGAACCUGUGCUCUUACAUGUAAAGCCUUCUACAGACUUUGUCACAAUCGUUCCUUUUUCAUUAAAAAACUGAAGAGAUUAGAGGCCUGGGAUACUCGUCUUGCUAGAGAACAUUAUCGAGAAGACCGUUUGUCUUCCCAAUUUAUUAGCACUUCUAAUGACAGCUCCCUCAAUUCGUCAAGUUUUCAGGCCCUUACUUCUUCAAGUGACGAUGUAAACGUGAAAACUGAACAGUCAAAUAGUACGGUUAAAAAAGAUAUACAAUUUCCUGUGCAUAUUGAUUACUAUUCUGAGGGAGGAAAGCAAACGGUUAUAGAAGUCUUUAACCAUAUUCAUAAUCGUGUUGAACUUGCGAGGCAAGACUUUCUGUACAUUUAUCAGGUAUUGUUUCCUCUUUAUGAUGAUAUCGUUCAUGCUAAUAAUACACUUGACCCGAUUGCACUUUCAGCUUUUUCAACACCUGAAGAACAGGCACAAGUCAUCCAGCUGUUGGUUAGAUUUGGUCAUUGUGCUCCACAUGGAUAUCCUGAGAGCAUAGAAUCUCAAAUUGCAAUUCAUAAAAUCGCGGAUCUUUUUGUUAAAGCCUGCCUAGUGGAAUUCGAAGUCGGCUGUGAUACACGGAACUUUAAGAUGAUUGCCCGUUUUGCGAAUGUAUUACAGGACUUUUCAGGGCCAGACACAUAUCUUGAUACGUAUGUUAAAAAGGAAAGCAGUUAUAUAAGAUCUAUUAUUCCGUUUGAUCCGUAUAGCUGUUUGUCAAUUAGCGAGGAUACAAUUGUUCAAUUAGCGCCAUUAAAACGGUUUGUUGAACAGUUGCGACAGUAUACAUUAAGUCAAAGCAAAAUUGUCGAAAAGUACAUGCCACAACCGGAAUUUACCAUGCUUCUUUAUUCAAGGGAAGUUAUUGGACCUUACUUACGUGACUAUAUAACUGCUCUAUGUGAACAUUUGAGUGAUGAGGACCUUUUAUCAUAUUUGAAAGUAAUUUCAGGAGCUUAUGCACUAUGCAAAUCAUUUAUUGAUAUUUCGGAUGGCUUUGUGGUUUUGGACGUUGCGUUCCAAACACAAAUUGACGUUUAUAUGUCACAGGAGUUGCAAUUACUAAACUCAAAAACUCAACGAAUUGUUAAUGAUUGGAAUGUUGAGUUAGAAAAAAAGGCAGAUGCAACUGUGUCCGUUUACCAGAAAGCUAUGAGUCAGUCAAUGGUGAAAAACACUUUUCUUAAAGCGUUCAAGGAAAUUAUGCUUCGCCCUACCUCUCUCUUUUCUCUUUCUAAUACUAAUGACGCCGAAAACGAAGAUACCUUAUACGCAGGAGAACACAAAAAUGACAUGGUUUCUUUAGAACUGACCGACUCGGCUUCACACGCUUUUGCUCAUCACAAUAGUACCGCUUCAAUGGAUACUAAUGAACUAAAGCUGCAAGUCGCCCUUAUGAAAGAAAGACUUAGUGGAAUUAGUUCAUUGUUUAAUCUAGAAGUGGCGCUCAGUUUAAUUCAUGCUUGCAAGAACAGUCUUGCUCGAGCCAACGUAUUUUUGGGUGUAUCGGCUUCCCAAGAUGAUGAUGUUAGAAAGCUGUGCAAAUCGCUUUUCAUAACACUUUUGAAAGUUUUGGGAACUGGUCACUUAAAAUCUGGGUUUGACCGGGCCAUCAAACAUUUGUCCUCAUUUGAUCCGCGGAACGAAAUAACUGAAACUAUCGAACCAGUUGUAAAAUUCCUGGAACUUAUUAGUGUUGGCGACAUGAUCCAGCAGAUGAUCGAUGCAUUCUACGAAGAAGAAAUGAGAAAUAUCUGUGUUAAGGAUGACACUUUUGAUCCCGCCGUUUCCGAGAAAAAGAAUUUUGAACACCUUAUUGAUGAGAAAGCAGCCGAGGGCUUACACAAAGGAAUAAAUGUAUUAAUGGAGCACGUCGACUAUUUGCUUGAAACCUUAACACCUCCUGAUUACUUCGCUACUGAGGAAAUUGGAAUCGUUGAACCUUCAAAGGCCUGUCAAUACGUCGUACAAUUUUUGGAAUAUCACCUAAAGCUUAUUGUCGGUUGUGCUGACCGCGAAAUCCUUGACGUGUUUUACAAAGAAAUCGGUAUGCGCCUGUACUCAUCUAUUUGUACAUUCAUACGUUCGCAAAAAUUUACUACGGCCGGUGGAAUUCGCUUCUUAAGUGAUGCCAAUCGGUACUAUCAAUUUGCAUUAUCGCUAAAACAACGGGACAUUGCUCCGUAUUUUAAGGCGUUAAAAGAAAUUGCCAAUCUAUUUAUUGUGGAUGGAAAGAACUCUAAAGAAAUUGGUGCAAUUACCACAGAUUCCAGUCGAUUCUCCGUAUUUCGACCAGAAGAAGUUUACGAGUUUGCACACUGUCGAAGCGAUUGGUUUUACGUUAAACACGAAGUUGACAAAGCCAUUUACGGAAUGGAUUGUACCGUGAUGUAAACUACGACCACGCUCUUCAAUUUCACGCAACAAGACCUCAAACAUUUUCGCAUAAUAUUUAAAGCACGAAUAGACAUUUACUCAUACUUCAGUUAAAAUAGACAAACCCAAAUAACCUUUAGAAAGAAAGAAAAGUGAAGUGCACCCAAAUAAUACACUAACC